CAAAGCAAAGGGACAAGCAACUUUUAUUUCCCUAAAUCACAAUUCAUUUAUCUGAAGAAAUGACUCUUAUCUUUGUUUUUCUCUCAACGUGUGUUUUACUACACCGUGGUGUGUUUGGUGUUGAAGAAAUCACAGUGUUUGUAAUGAAAGGAGAUUGUGUCACUCUAUACACUGUAUAUAAAAAAAGCCAUCAAGACCGAAUUAGAUGGUAUUAUAAUGACAUUCGCCUCACUCAAAUUACUGGAGAUCAGAGUAAGAUCUGUACAGAUGAACAGUGUGAUGAGAGAUUCAGAGACAGACUGGAGUUGGACAGUAAGACUGGAUCUCUGACCAUCACAAACAUAAUAACCUCAGAUGCUGGACUUUAUAAACUGAAGAUUUUCAACAGCCCCAGCAGUGAAAAGAUCUUUAAUGUUACCGUUCAUGAUUUUGAAAAGAAGACAGUGACAGCGAGGGAGAGAGAAACAGUCACUUUAUGUACUGGUGAAGUACAAAACCCAGAUGAUUUGACGUGGUAUUUUAAUGACACUCUCAUCGCUGAAAUCAAUGGACAGCCUAAUAAGAUCUGUGCUGAUGUUCAGUGUAAAGAUGGUGACGAGAGAUUCAGAGAGAGACUGAAGCUGGACAAUCAGACUGGAUCUCUGACCAUCACAAACACCAGAAACACAGACUCUGGGCUCUAUCAACUUAUUUAG